AUGGAUCCAAGUGCACAAUGGAAAGAAUUAAAUAAAAAAUACUAUAAGUUUCAUUAAUUCAAUCCUAUAACAGGUGAACAAAAGAACCUUGACUUUUACUAUUAGCACAUUGCUAUUGCUAAAUGGGGUGGUCCAUUAGCAGCUACAAAAAAUUAUGAUUAGGUUAUUCUAAUGCGUACAGAUGAAAUUUUAAAAGAUUCAAUAGUAUUCUUUUCUAAUAGUGGCAAAAUAAUGUCUAGAAUUGUAUAUAAAGAGACAGAUAAAGUAAAAAUAAAAUAAUGAAAUUAGAUUCCAUUAUUUGAUUUUCUUGAUGAUGAACAUUUAAUAUUAUUAAAAGGAACUGGUAUUUACUAUAUAAUUGAUCCUUUUAAGGGAACUAAGAAAAACCAUGAUUUAGGAGAAUAAUUCAAGCAAAAUCCAAUACAAAGAGCACUAGUUGUUAAUAAUGGUUUUGUAUUAAUGACAAUGAAUUAUGAAUUUUAUUAUGUAAACAAUGCUCAUGAACCUGAAGUAUAAUAAUUUAAAGCAUCUUAACUUACAAAAUAACCAGAACAUUGGUCAAUUAUUCCAUCUUAAAAAUCAUCUAGUGGAAAGGUUGAAUUAUUAAUAGCAAACCCAGAAGGAGGUAUAUUACAUAUAGUAGAGAAUGAAAAAUGGAAGAUAUAUUAUAAUAAGGAUAAAAUAAUGAAUGAUAUUGAUAAAAAACUUCCAGAUCUUAGAAAUAUUAAAAUGUUAAGUCUAUCACCUACUUACAAAACAUUAGCAUUAUUAUAGUACUAUGGUUAGAGAUGGAUUAUUGCUUUUAUUUAAAACUAUUUUGAAUCUUCAGAAUAUCGUUAAAUGCCUGUAGAUUUAAAGGAAGAAGAUGUAUAAAAAGAAGAAUCAGCUGAAAAAGAUCUUAGUAUUUUAGAACGACCAAGAAAUAUGUAUUGGUGUGGAGAUGAUUGUGUUGUUUUAUAAUUGUAACAAUACAUAGUUUUAGUAUCUAAUGAUUCUUAUACAAAAAUAAAAAUGAGUAAUUAACAUUUUUCUUUAAGAUCUGAAUUUGAUGGAUUGAGAGUUUUAACAUAAAAAAAAAAUGAAAUAUUAAGAAAAUUACCAGAUUCAUAUAUAAAUGUAUUUGAAUAAUUAUCAAUUAAACCUGGUGCUUAAUUAUAUAGUGCUUAUGAAUCAUUUGAAUCAAAAAGUCCUAUAGAAGAUGAUGAAUUAAGAUCAAGUAAAUAAUUAUUAAGUGAAGCUGUUAGUGAUUGUAUUAAAUGUGCAUAAUUUGAAAUCAAUCCUGAAUAUUAAAUUAAAUUAUUAAAAGCAGGAAAUUAUGGUAAAAUAUUUUUAGGUACUUAAAAUCUUGAUCCUAAUAUUUUUAAUGAAACUGCUAGAUAUUUAAGAGUAGUUAAUUCAUUAAGAAGAAGUGGUGGAGUUGGAGGAAGAGUAAUUACAUAUGAAUAAGUUUUAUAAUUAAUUAAAAUCCCAGAUAUUAUGAUAGGAUUACUUUUAAAAUAUAAUUUACAUUAUUUAGCUACUGAAAUUUCUAGUUUUCUUAAAUUUUAAAUUAAAUAAAGAGCUUCUAUUUAUACACAUUGGGCAUGUUGUAAAGUUGAAAUAUAAUAGGAUGAUGAUAAAUUGUGUGAAAUUAUUAAAGAAAAAAUUAAAGAAGAAAGAGGAGUUUCAUUUACAUAAAUUGCUUAAAAAUCAAUUGAAAUUGGUAAAUAAUCUUUGGCUUUAAAAUUAUUAAAUAAUGAAUAAAUUUUAGCUAAAAGAAUUCCAGUUUUAAUAUGGAUGGCCAAUUUUUAAUCUACAAAUAAUAAUUCUUAUUAUGAAAAAGCUUUAGAAGAUGCUAUCAUUUCAAAAGAUUCUAAUUUAAUUUAUUUUGUUAUUUUGAAAUUUUUAUAAACAGAAAUGAAUGAAACAUAUAAAUUUAACGCAUUAUCUCAAAAUCCUAUCUCAUAGGCUCAUCUAGAUUAUUAUUUAAAACAUUUUGAUAAUAAAUAUUUGUAAAAAUAUUUACAAUAUUUCAAGAAAUUUGAUGAAUGUGGAUUAUUUGCAAUUAAUUAAGCUUAUUAAUAAAAAAAUUUGGAAGAAAAAAUUAAGUUCUUAGAUCAGGCAUAAAAGUAUUUUGGAGAAGAUCCAACAGAUAAAUUUUAUAAAAGAAUUAUUGCUGAAUAAAUUAUUAUACUAACAGAUUUGAAAUCAGAAGUUGAAAAAAUAAGAAAAAAACCAAAUCAACAUAUUAUGGAUGAAAAACCAAUCAAUUCUAUUAUGGAAGCUUUUUUCAUUAAAGAUAAACCAGAAUUUGCUAAAGAAUUUGCUAAAACAUAUAAAAUUCCUGAUCGUAGGUAUUAAUUAUGAUUAAUAUUAUUAAUAGAAUUCUAUUGACAAAAGUUAAAACAUUAAUAAAUAAUAAAAAAUGGGAUGAAUUAGAUAAAAUUAUGUCAGAAAAAAAUAAAAAAUCUAUUUUAAUACCUUAUGAAUUGGUUGCAGAAUUAUUAAUGAAAGCAGAUCAAGAAGAGAGAGGAAUUUAAAUUAUUAUGAAAAUGCCUGAUGUUGAAGUAUCUACUAAUAUUAUUAAUUAAGGAAUCUUGUAGAACUUUGAUUAAAAUUGGAUAGUAGAGCUCUGCAGUAUAAGUAGCAAUAAACAAUAAAAAAUAUUAAUUACUUUACGAUAUCAAAGGAUUGAUCUCUGAGAAUUAGGCGAAGGCAUUAUUGGAAACACAUUUAAGUCAAAACCAAAAAUGAAUAGCA